ACAAGCAAAGAACGGCAACGCUAAAGAUUCCGCAGUGCCAGGAGCUGCAGCCAAGUCGGCUGACAAGACUGCCGAAGUGGAGAUGACGCACAAGAGUCUGACUGAAGUCUUAGGGUUCGUGCCUUCGGAUGCUAGCAUGCUGUCCCACAUAGCUUCGGGGAAUUUGGAUGCCUCUCCAGUAGGUGGUGCGAAUGUCUUUGAACCCACAACAAUUACCCUUCCAGACCAUGUUCCCUUUGACUUUGUGGCAAUUCGAGAGAUCAUGACGGAAUUGCAGGCAGCAAUUUUCCGUUGGGCUUAUUCGUAUGAAUCCAGGAAACACAUGGAAGAUAUCUACGUUGACAUCUCCAAGCCGUCACCUGCAGUCUUGUGCAGAUUUCCAUGUGAGCUGACCAAGGAGCAGGACUUCUGCCUGCCACUGGCAGGGACUGUCUCAUUGACCCCUUCCAACCAUUCCUUGCCACUUUGCGUAGUGAGCAAGGAGAUGACCCCAGCCGCGCGUUCUACGGAGGGUGUCUCCUGGGAUGCAGAAGAAUCUGAGUUGAAGGUCGUCAUAUAUGUGACUGGAGAUUCUCACAAGUGUAUUGGUGGGGAUCAAUUUGUGCCUGCGUGGUCCGUCAAGUCGGUGUCCAAAGACCCUUUUCUCGCUUUGGGUCCUAUUCGACUUGAUGUCCGCAAACCAGAGUCAUGGAUGCCUAGAAAAAACAUAGUGCAGAAGGACCAGAAGAAGAAGGAUCAGAACCGUCAGAAAGAUCAGACUCCCAAGAAAGACCAAGCCGUGGAGAUUUCAGAUGAUUCUCCUGAAAAGACGACCGAGGUGCCCAAUGCAACCAAGGAUGGUCAGGUAGCCAAGGUUGCUUCGCAGGUUCUUGAUGUUGAUGAUGACGCGGAGGAGGAGGAGACGCUUUCAAUCCAGGCACCUUGUCUCAUGCCUACGCAUCCUUUCGGGGAUCUGAAGCAGGCCGGGGACAAUAUCCCAUUUGCAGAGUUGACUCGGGGAUCUUUUCGUGAAGGCACUGGAUCCAGCAGCCACAUCCGCCAGCUCGGAAAGGUGAUGGACAAGCUUGGAUUUGGUGCCCUACGUGCCAACCUGAUCAAGUCUGAGGCAGAUGACGGGCAGCAGCCAGGGCCGGCUCAAAGUAAAGCAGCCAAGAAGGCGUUGAAGAACGCCGACCAUUUGCUCAGGUAGUUGUAGUUACUUUGAAUUGCAACGGACCAACAAUCUUGAUCUGAGAAAUGAGUAUGUAU